UGUUGUUACUUCCUGUUUUGUCCGGAGCGGAGCCUCCUCCGUCCUCUCGGUCCCGUCGGUCCUCCGCCGGUGUCUCCUCGUCUUUGUUCCCGGGAGUCUCCGUCCUCCGUCCCCCCACCUCCUCCUCCGUCUGUCCUCUCCGGCUCACCUCCAGCUAACGUCCGCACACCGGGAGGACCUGGAUCCAGUGACCGGGACGCAGAGCAGGGACGCCGGGCUGAGCUCACAGGAGGAGCCGGUGUCUGUGUGGUUCUCCUGAUGGAUUUUACAUAAAUGUUUGUCCUCUAAACCCUCAAUAAUGCGCUCCGUGCGGCUAAUGCUAAUUACCCAGAGUGCUGAUUAGCCGACUGCGCUAACCGGGUCAGGAGGACUCGUUAAAUAAACUAGUUAAUGUUGACCUCCGGCUCUGUCCGCUUAAAGUGCCUGUUUUUUAAAGCUACUCUGGACCGCUAAAGGUGCUAAUUUACGUUAGUCCGGGUCUAAGCGGGUUUGGUCCCGGGUUUAGCUGCCACCAUGGCGGAGCUCCACCAGACUCCCACCUCGCUGUGCUGCUGCCGUAAAUCCCUGCCGGUCUCGGGGGCCCGGUGCGUCGGAGAGUCCGGCCGGCCCUCGGCAGGUCUGGGGCCCGGGUCCCCACGGUGCCCCCUGGUGGACGUGGCCUCGGCGUCAAACUUCCGGUGCUUCCAGCUGCGUCACUUCCACCUGGACUUGCGGCUGAACUUCGCGGUGAAGGAGAUGAGCGGCUGGCUGGUUCUGGACCUGGUUCCGGUCCAGCUGGGGGUCUGCACCCUGGUUCUGGACUCCCACCCCUCCCUGCUGAUCCACUCCAUAGACUGUAAGGUCCCCGGGGCCGGACUGGACGAACCCGUCUCCCUCACAUACCGGGUCGACCCGUUCACGGACUACGGCUCCUCGCUCAACAUCAGUCUGCCGACUGCAGCGGUGAAACCCGGCCGGCUGAUCCAGAUCACCGUCCGAUACACCACCACCGACGGCCCGGCGAUCUGGUGGCUGGACUCGGAGCUGACCUGUGGACAAACUCGUCCUCUGGUCUUCACUCAGGGCCACUCGGUGUGUAAUCGAUCCUUCUUCCCCUCUUUUGACACUCCGGCUGUGAAGAGCACGUACACGGCAACUGUCCGGGUCCCAGAUGGAGUGACGGUUCUGAUGAGUGCUUCUCGGAGUUCUUACUCCAAACAGGACCGAGUCUUCCAGUUCUCCAUGGAGUUCCCCGUCCCGUCCUACCUGGUGGCGCUGGUGGCCGGAGAGCUGCAGCACGUCGACGUCGGACCGAGGAGUCGUGUGUGGGCGGAGCCAUGUCUGCUGUCAUGUGCGGUGAAGAAGCUAGGGGGCAGCGUGGAGCGCUGGCUUGGCGUCGCCGAGGACCUGUUUGGACCGUACCUGUGGGGCAGGUGUGACAUCGUCUUCCUCCCCCCCUCCUUCCCGAUCGUUGCCAUGGAGAACCCCUGCCUCACCUUCAUCAUCGCCUCCAUCUUGGAGAGCAGCGAGUUCCUGCUGAUCGACGUCAUCCACGAGAUCGCCCACGGCUGGUUCGGCAACGCCGUCACCAACGCAACCUGGGAGGAGAUGUGGCUGAGUGAGGGGCUCGCUACCUACGCCCAGCGGAGGAUCACCACCGAGGCCUACGGUGAGGCGUUUACCUGCCUGGAAACCGUCGUGCGAUUGGACGCCCUCCACAGACAGCUGCGUCUCCUUGGAGACAACAACCCUGUUAGUAAACUGCAGGUCAAGUUUGAGCCAGGUGUGAACCCCAGCACUCUGAUGAACCUGUUCACCUAUGAGAAAGGUUUCUGCUUCGUGUCCUACCUGUCUGAGCUGAGUGGAGACGUGACACGCUUCGACUGCUUCCUCAGGGACUAUAUCUCAGAGUUUAAGUUCAAGAGCGUCGUGGCUCAGGACCUCAUUGACUACUUCCUGGGUUAUUUCCCGGAGCUGAAGGAUGCCGCCAUCGCCCAGAGAGAAGGUCUGGAGUUUGAGCGCUGGCUCAGUGGAUGUGGACCUCCUCCGUACGAACCGGACCUGUCAGCAGGCGGCGCUCUGAUCCGACCCGUCCAGGAUCUGUGUGACCUCUGGAGGAGCGCCGACCCCCCCGACCUGCAGACGCUCUCCACCUUCGACCUGUCGGCCUGGAGCACCUUCCAGAUCGUCCUGUUCCUGGACCGCAUGUUGGACCACUCGCCGCUGCCGCACGACGUGAUGGUGAGUCUGUCGGGUUCUUACUCGUCGCUGUUUGACGGUCUGAACGCUGAGGUCCAGAUCCGCUGGCUGCAGAUGGUGGUGAGGAACACCUUCUACCCCGACCUGCCGAGAGUCCGAGCCUUCCUGCACAAACACACUUCCAGGAUGUACACGGUGCCGCUGUACGAGGACCUGGUUACCGGGGUGAUGAAGUGCGUUGCCAUGGAGAUCUUCUACCAGACGCAGCGCCGCCUCCACCCGAACCUCCGACGGACGCUGCAGCAGAUCCUGUUCCAGACCGGCUCGGCUCCAACCAAUCAGAACGGACCUUCUGCCCUGUCCGUCAUCCCCCCCGCCUCCCCUCCUCCCUCCUCCACGACCUCACAGCAGUCGCCCGCCGCCACGGCAACCGCUGCCGCCGGGACGACCGCCUCCAUCGCUCUGCGGGAUGUCAACGUCUCGGCGUGAUGGUGAGAGGUCCGGACGCCGGUUGCCAUGGCGACUGCAGCAGGUUUAAACACUGUUUAAACACUCCAGACAUUUUAAAGGGUUGAACAGAGGAGGAAGCGGCCGCCUUUCAAACCCUGAGCUGCUCAAACUGUGGCCCGCGGCCCCAAGACGGGUCAUCCGACGGGACCCCGGAGGCCCACGGGUUUUUAUUUAACUUGAAAUGAGACGUUCGAGUGAUUCCCAGCAGAACGUUUCAGAACUGAUAUCUGCGUUUUAAUUUACCGAUGUUGGACGAAAUCAGAAGUUCGAUUUGAAGCUAAACUCGUGUCUGAGUCAACGGAUCCACUGACUCCAGCUCUAUUUAUUUCCUGACGCCGCCGUGUCACAUGGUACAGUUUGUUUUCCACCGCAGGAACAUUUCAGGAACACAAGAACCGUCAUUUUUGUCGUUUUGAGUCUUGUUUUUGGCAUUUUGUGUCUCAUUUUUGUCCCUUUGUCUCUCGUUUUUGUCGUUUUGUGUCUCGUUUUUGUCGUUUUGUGUCUCGUUGUUGUCAUUUUGUGUCUCGUUUUUGUCAUUUUGUCUCAUUUUUUUUGUUUUGAGUCUCAUUUUUGUCAUUUUGUUAAAAAACUUUCGUCAUGUCUUGUUUCGGUAGUUUCGAGUUCUUUUGUUCACACAUAAAAUGGAUAGAUGUUGAAUACCUUGACAGAUUCGGCAGAAACUUUUGCUGUCGGUAAGACACUUCUGAAGAAGGUGAAAGUUUCCGCCAGAACUGCCAAGGUAAUCAAUAUCUAUAUAUUCAUUUCAUGUCUGAACAAAAGAACUCAACACUACCUGUUUUUAAGGAAAACGAAGCGCCAGCUCUUUAACGUCACCGUCUUAAUUUGUAGAAUUACUCUUACAAAACAACAAAACAAACCUCCAUUGAUUUAACAGACUUUGAGUUUCAUCCACGAACUUUAAAUUUGUUAGUUAGAGCUGCGCCAUAAUGGAAACCAAAAGACUAGUUCUGUUCCUGUAAAUGUUCCUGCAGUGGAAAACCGUUUCAUAUUCAACAUCCUGGAGGAACUACUUCCUGUUCCCUGAGCGAUGACGCCGGCGAUGCGAUUGAACUGAACUCCGAGGACUGAAACGUUUCGCUAAAAUAACCAACGGAUUUUCUGCUUUAAGUCGAUCCGAACGGAGAGUUGUCGACCAGGUGGACUCGACCAAUAAACUCUACCUCCAUCUGAUCCCGACUCACCUGCCGACCCACCGAGCCUCCACUCCAUCCACCCGAAUCCACAGACCAGCAGACUUCACCCCAGUGGCCUUAAUGCUGCCUUCAUGAGGCUGGAAACCGAGACGUUCGGUGCCGAUCUCACCCAAAGCCAGCAGCAAUAAACGUCCGGGUUUCUGAGUUUAAGGAUUUCUGUUUCCGACCAAACUCAGAAACCUGGAAGACGACCGACUGAACAGAAUCGACUGAUUUGCCAAGAAAACGCAAUAAUACUUUAUUACUGAGCUCUGAAACUUCCCACCGUUCCCAGCUGACACUGAACGCCUCUGCAGACAGAUUUAUAAUGAAUGUGUGACAAAUAAAACACUUGAAACCUCA